UCGUGCCAGGGUGCUGCUUGGAGAAUUCAGAAUUCGCAGAUUAAACAGCUUAUGAAAAACAUCAAAACAAUAAUAUUAUGAUUAUUAAAUAUGACUGUUCCUAGGAGAGUUAAACAUCCGGCUGGCACUGAGAGAGCGGCUUUAAAAUGGGUAGGCAUAGGAAAGGAGACGCCUCACUCCGGAAAGUAUCUGAAAAUGGAAACCAAGAUAGAAUUAAAGACAUAUUAGAUAGAAGAAUAGUUAACGUUAACAUGAAAUUGGAUGAGGGUAAAACAGUCCUACAUGUGGCAGCAUCCAAUGGACGUGCGCAUUUUGUAGAUAUUCUCUGCAAAAGUGGUGCCAAAAUUAACGAGCGAGAUAAUAAUGGUUUGACACCUCUUUGUACCGCAGUUUCUAAAAAUCAUCUUGCAGUUGUCAAGGUUCUUCUGAAUCAUGGAGCCGAUCCGAAAGGCUCAUUCAAAAUGGCUCUUGAGGCUCAAUUUCAAAAUAUAGCCUUAGUUCUGCUUAAAUACGGAACUUUAUUCGAUAUUUGCUUAUCAAGUUGCCCUGAUUCACAGUUAUUGGUUAAUCUUUUGAACAUUUUGUUGACUGUCGACAAUGUGGAUGUGAAUUCUAGGAUUCUUGGGGGUGUGCACGUAAAAUCCUUCAAAUGUUUAAGACCCCUUGACUGUGCUAUAAUCAAUGGGAGGGUAAAUUUAGUCAAACGACUAAUUGAGUUAGGAGCUGAUGUCAAUGUGAAAUUAGAUGGCGGCCAAACUCCCUUGAAUUUAGCAGUCAAAGUUAAUCAUGUCAGCAUUGUCGAAUGCCUUUUGAAUAAUGGUGCAGAUGUCAACUGCGCUACCAAUUUUGGUGAUACAGCAUUAAGUUUCGCCGUAAAAAAAGCAUCACGGAUAAGAAGUAAUGAUCCUGAUUCACGGAAUAACUUUUUAGAUAUGGUAAGAAUAAUCGAAAUGCUCUUGGCAAAAGGAGCUUCUGUAAAUUCUCCUGAUAAACAAGGUCGUAGGCCACUACAUUAUGCAGCCGAAAUAAAUAAAUUUUGGCCAGAAAUAUUCAGACUCUUGCUUGGUCACGGAGCCGAUGUAAAUGCUGUUGAUGAGGAAGAUGCUACGCCAAUUUUUUAUGUAGAGAAUGCGUUGAUUAUUGAAAUGCUGAUAGGAAGAGGAGCAGAUGUCAACUAUGUAUCUGAAAUAUUGUUUACGCCUCUUUCACAAAUGUUUAAUUUGGAUCGAUCAUCAUGUGUAGAAGUACUUUUAAGGAAUGGGGCUGAUGCAAAUAUUCAGAAUUCUGAAGGAAAGACUAUACUGCAAGUUCAUCGCAAUCCUAUGACUUAUUAUAAUAAUUUUGAUAUCCUUGAAGCUUUAAUUAAUCAAACGUCAAAUCUUAUUCCUGCAAUUUGGAAUCUUGGACACUCUGGCUAUGAUUCAGCAUCUCCGGAUAGUAUUAAACUUUUGACUGGUAUGGUUGUCAAGAGAACAGUUGCUAAAAAAAUUAGCAUCGAUGUAGAAACUCUAAGGAGAUUUAAUAAAUAUAAAUAUUUUUGCUCAAGAAUCCCUAUGUGCGAAAAAGAAAUCGUUAAAAUGAAAAAUACGAAAGUUAAAAUUGGGGAGUUGAGUUUCUUUGACAUUUUAGAUAUGUCGAUCGAUAAUCUUUCGGAUUAUGUGGAGAGGAAAGAACUCCUAAAACUGAAAUCUGAUAGGAUCAAAAAAGAUUUUCCUAUGUAUGCGUACAUAUUGAGGAGGCACAUUAAACAGGCAAGGAACCGGAGAUCUUUACUUGACUCGAGUGCAGAAACUUUCAAGAAAUUAAUUUUUCACCAUCAUGAAAUUAACUUACCAUAUAUUGUUGUGCAGAAAAUCGUUUCGAUGUUAGGUUGUAAGGGUACAGGCAAUUUUUCAUAUCUUUCAAAGACUACCCAGAUUACAGUUUGUGAGCAGGAUGCGCGCACUGUGGAAUCAUGUGAAUACAUUAGCCUACACAACGUACGUUUCGAUCUCCACUCAGAUGUACCAUCCAUGCAGGCGCAUACGCGGCGCACGCCUUGUGAAGCACGCGCGUGCGUGCCAGAAGCAAACACUUGGUACGCGUGGGUUCAUUAUCGUAAAAUUAUUUAUUUAAAAAUUGACGGUAAAAUAAGAACAAAGAACAAUGACUCAAAUAGAGAGGAAUCGACUGACCCUUACCUUGUUUCCGUUGGGAAAAAUAUCCAUAGUACAACGAUUCCUCCUCUCAGUGGGAACGACCAACAUGAACUGACUUGUAGCGUCGUUUUUCUGAUCUUCCCGCUCAUCCUGCUCGUUCUCAGCCAGUGUCCGGUAGGUGCUGCCCUCUUACGCUCCACGUCCGACCUUCAUCGGGGGAAAAGGUUUCGGGCGUCUCCAAUGCCGCGAGGAAGAGGGUGUCCGACCCCGGGGUUCCUACAAGAAUCGACCCUCGCAGUAGUGGCGGCCUCUGGUACGGUUGGCGAUAGGGAACCGGCGUCGUCCGCGCUUGGUGUCUCGCGGGGUAUCAGCCGGAACGUUAUAAAUUCCGCCGGCGGAGGUAGAGGCGUCGAAGGAGCUACGUCCAAUGCUCUCGGUCGUGGAGAAUCUGGACCUACAGAAGAGUAUCCAGACCCGAUAGAAUGUCGGCCGAAAACGAUAAAAGAGAAAACACAAAAGUCUAGAAGGAGCUUGGAGCAAAAGUAUCAACGAUUCUCAUUGAAGUCUGAGGAAUCUAUUUCUAGUAUAGGGAGCAGUUGCUUUACUGGAGAAGAGAAGAGCCGAGAAACGAAUUCAACUGAUGUCGAAUUCGAAGAAGUCAAAGCAUUCCGUGAUCCUGAACCAAAUUUUUCUACUGAGAUGCAAAGCAUGGACAUGGAAUCUAAAAGUAAUGACAGGGGACAGGCUUUUUCUUCUGCAGGAACACAGACAAAUUUUGAGACUCUUCAAGAACUUCAAGGGAUGGAAUCUACAACCGAUAGUAAGAUAAUCAUUUCCGUCUCUGUAGGAACGCAAACAGAUUUUGAGGAUUUUGACGAAUCUAAGGUGGUGGAAUCUCAAAGUACCAUGAAAGUACCUAAAGUUAGAUCUACAGGCAUUCAGACAUCAAAGCGAUUGAUUCGAGAAAUUUCAAAGUCUCCUGCUCAGCGAUUCGAAGAUUCUUUAAGAAACGAUAAUGAUAAAUGUCUUUUAUACACAGGUUUACAUUUUAAGUACAUCACGGUUAUAAUGUCGUUCAUCGGCGAUGUCGCGAAUAGUUUAAAUUACUGGGGUUCGAGUCGUAAAAGUAAUGCUAACGAAAAACACAAAGCGAAACGUAAAUUAACACCUUUGCAGGAAUUAAUUCUUGUUCUUACUCGCUUAAGAUGUGGGUUACUUCUCGAAGACAUGUCAUACCGGUUUGAAUAUAAAGGUCAUACGACAUUUAAAGUUUUACUUGGCUGUACUCCGAACGGUGCCAUAAGUUUUCUUUCUGACGUUUAUGAAGGGGCAAUUUCAGAUCGCGAAAUCGUCAUUAAAUCUAAACUAGUAGAUGUUUUACAACCCGGCGACGUUGUUCUUGCAGAUAGAGGCUUUACUAUCGAAGACCUUGUCGAAAGUGUAGGCGCAUCUCUGAACAUACCACCAUUCCUUAGACAAAGAAAUCGUUUUACAGCACAAGAGGAAAUCGCAACGAAGAAAGUUGCUAAAGAACGCAUUUACGUUGAACAUGCAAUUCAGAAACUUAAAACAGAAUCGGUUUACAACGAUGUGAAUCAGUCAUUUUCUAAAGCAGCUUCGAAUCUGCCAUGUACUGCAAUGACUAUUUCAAACAACGGCGCAAAAAUGUCUACGCGCUCGGAAGAAGAAAUCGCAUUCUGGGAAGCAGCCUCAAAUGGGGACGAGGAGAAAAUUAAAGACGCGUUAGAUAAACAAAUGGUUGACAUUCACAUGAAGUUCGAGGGGGAAACAAUCCUGCAUGUUGCAGCUUCGAAUGGACACGAUAAAUUAGUAGAUUUUCUCUGUAAGAGUGGCGUUAGCAUUAAUGAUCCAGCUUAUAAUCGUUUGACUCCUCUUUGUACCGCAGUGUCAAAAAAUCAUCUAGACGUGGUCAAGGUUCUUCUGAAUCAUAAAGCUGAUCCGAAAGGAUCAUUUAGAAUUGCCCUUGACAUUCAGUCUAAAAGUAUGGUCUUGAUUCUUCUGGAAUACGGGACUUUAUUUGAUAUUUGUUUAUCCACUUGCUCUGAUUCAGAAUUUUUGGAAGAAUUUUUUAACAUGUUGUGCAGUAAGCCUGAUUUUAAUGUCAAUGAUAAUAUUUCUGGGAGGAUGAUUUAUGCCUUUGAUGAUCGUCUGACACCUCUUCACUUAGCUGCCGAAAGUGGGAAAGACAAUAUUGUGAAAAAACUGAUUGAAUUAGGAGCGGAUGUGAAUGCAAAAACCAGAAAGAAACUGACUCCCUUGCAUUGUGCAGUUUUUAACAGACAUGUCAGGAUUUCCGAAUGUCUCUUAAAUAACGGUGCAGAUGUCAACAGCUCUACCAAUUCUGGUGACACAUCAUUAAUUUUCUCCACGAAAAACGCCUCACCUAUUAGAUGUGACAAAGAUCCUCGUUCAGAGGAGAAGUUUUUAGAUUUUUUUGAAAUAACUAAAAUGCUUUUGGCGAAAGGAGCUUCUGUAAAUUGUCGUGAGGAUUUUAAUGGGUUCACACCACUCCAUUAUGGCGCUGGUAUAGAUCAAUCUUGGCCGCAAAUAGUCAGGCUUCUCCUUGAUCAUGGAGCUGAUAUAAAUGCCGUUAAUAAAAUCGAUGCCUUACCAAUUUUCUAUGCAAAGAAUGAUAUGAUUCUUGAAAUGCUCAUAGAGAAAGGAGCAACGGUCAACUAUGUAUCUAAAACAUUGUUUACACCUCUGUCACACAUGUUCACUUUGAAUCGAUCAUCAUGUGUCGAAGUUCUUCUAAGGAAUGGGGCUGAUGUCAAUAUUCGGAACUCUCAUGGGAAAACAAUGCUGGAGAUGAAUAGUCCUUUGGUUUAUUAUAAUAAUCUUGAACUCCUUGAAAUUUUAAUUAAUCAAACGACCGAUCUCAAUCCAGCGAUUCGUCAACUUGGAGAGUCUGAUCAGUCUAGAAAAUUUCUUCAAUCUUUGGCUGCCAUGAUUGUCAAGAGGAAAGUUACUGAAGAAAUUAGCAUCGAUUUAGAAAAUUUAAAGACACUUAGUAGGUAUCGACUUCUUUGCUCCCUAAUUCCGAUGUGUGAAGCAGAAAUUAAUGAAUUGAAAAACAAGAUGGUUGACAUUGUGGGUUUGAGUGCCUUUGAUAUUUUAUGUAUGCCGAUUAAUAAACUUUCGAAUCAUGUAAAACGCCAAUGUCAAGAACUUCUGCAACUUGAGACUGAAAGUAUCAAAGUAUGUUUCCCUUUUUAUGGUGAAAUAUUGCAGUGGCACAUUAAACAAGCAAAAAACCGAAGAUCUUUAAUUGAUUCGAGUGCAGAAGCUCUUAGAAAAUUAAUUUUUCAUUCUCAUAAGAUAAAACUGCCAGAUGUUGUUCUUCACGGAAUAGUUCCAUUGUUAAGUAACAGUUACUUAAUUAAUUUAGCAGAAGUAUGACUGAAGUUUUAUAAAUAGGAUAUAGGGUUACGUUUUUUUAUGUAUGAACAUGUCCCUCCGCUGAUAACACGUUAUCCAGUUUUUGUUAGAAAUAUUUUUAUCAGUAUUUUUAUUAGUAUGGAUUUUUAUGCUCUCCCUUGCAAUUUAGAUUCCCAUUAAUUGAUAUGAGUGUGAGGUUUAUUAAGAACUAGGAUAAUGAACUCGUGAUAUAAGCUACAUUUUUUAAAAGUUCCUAUUGACCUAAAUUCCUCUGAUGAAGAAUUAGAAAUAGAGGCAAAAUGCCGUUACGAAGCCUCAAAAGAACAGAAUUAUUGAUCAAUAUUACAUUGCUCUUCUAUGAUAAAAUUAUGUGAAAUUUUCAACGAAAUGUGUAAAAAAACCUAAACCCAACUGUUAAAUAUUUAUAGUUGACUCAUAGAAAUAAUGUUGAAAUCGAUUCAAAUAAAUUGUUUCAUUAACAAAAUGAUAUUUAUUUAAUAAUAGUAAAGUUAAUAUUACAUACAACAAUCACUUAAGAUUAUUUAACAUAUUAUAAGAUUAUAAUAUUAUAGACGAACUGUGUACAAUAAGAAUCUUUUGUAAUUGAUUUUUGUUCCUGGAUUGACAAUAAUAAAUGUAUCAAAUGAA